GGCUGGCCAAGGCUAUGUGUCCCCGACAGGUGACGCCUGGCGGUCCGGCUCUGUUGCUUGAUGUCUGGCUAUCCUCCAAACCACAAACAUUUGCUAUAACCUUUGCGCAACAUCACCCAACCCUCACUACGUACCUUUGGACAUACGCUUCCCAAUUAAGAAAACCCCGAAACCAUCGAAACAUCGCUUGCCAUACGCUAUACCGACUGCCCGCCGACUGAAGAUAACCCCUCACUACAGACCCCGCCACUCAGUAUAUCUCCGACUCCCGGUACGAUAGGCAUCAGUCACCAUGUCGAACCGCGCACUUGCCCGCGAUAUGCAGGUCGAAUUCCAGGCACGGUUCCAAGCGAAGCAAGCCCGGAGAGAAGCUCAAAAGGCCGCCAAACAAGAUCCUAUACUAAAGAAGCAGAUUCAAGACCUUCUCAAGAAGGGCGAGACGGCCAAGGCCUACCAAAAGGCCAAAAUGCUCCUGUCUAAACAGGCCUUGGCUCAACAGAUGGACCAGAUGGCUGAUAUGGCCGAGCUUUCUGCCGCGCAGAUUCAAGCCAACAAUUCAAUGAAUCGCAUGACGCACAUGAUGGGUCAAUCAUCUCGUACUAUGUCUGUGGCACAGAAGAACAUGAACCCCGAGAAGACUCUCGUUACCCUCGAGCAAUUCAAGCAACAAAACGAAGAGUAUGCCGUGUCAAACGGCAUCUAUCAGGACGCCAUUUCGCAGACUACGAGUGCGCAGGUAUCGGAUGACGCUGUACACGAGUUGUUGGGAAAGCUGGCCGAUGACGCUGGAGUGCAGCUAAAUGCUGAACUCAACAGCGCGGCGCCAGCUAAGGAAGAGCCAGUGUCUGCUGAGCCUACUGCAGAGGAGGAAGAUGCGUUGCAGCAGCGGCUGCGUGCGCUGAGGGCUUGAAUUUGGGGUGGAACAAUGUUGAUUUGAGCAUGCUGGGAUGGCUUCACUCGUUUGGUAAUUUGGGCACUAGGCGUUAUAAUGGGCGUGGGCACGCGCGUAACACAUUUCGUAUUGAGAAGAGCGAGGGGUCUCCAACCGAACCUCU